CAAAGCCUCCGGUGGCCGGAGAUCGGAGACUCUCGCAAACUGCCCCAUCGGAAAUUAACUCCACGAUGAAGAUCAACGUCAAAACUCUCAAAGGCACACACUUUGAGAUCGAAGUCAAACCCCAAGACACAGUUGCUGAUGUCAAGAAAGAAAUAGAGAAAGUACAGGGUCCUGCUGUUUAUCCAGCUGCACAACAAAUGCUAAUACAUCAAGGAAAAGUUCUCAAGGAUGCUACAACGCUGGAGGAGAACAAAGUUGCUGAAAAUAGUUUUAUCGUCAUUAUGUUAAGUAAGAGCAAGAGUUCAGCAAGUGGGUCAUCAACCACCGUGGCUGCUCCUGCAAAUGUGGCUCAACCUGCGAGUGCAGUGGCUCCUUCGACCCAGCCUUCACAAGUUUCUCAACCUGCUCCGACUGUGGCACCCUCAGAAUCUUCUCUUCAAUCUAUUCAUGAUACUGUUUCUGUUCCUGUUCCGGUCCCGUCUCCUGCCACCAGAGGAGAAACAAACGUAUAUGCUCAAGCAGCUUCGAAUCUAGUCGCAGGAAGUAAUUUAGAGACUACUAUCCAGCAAAUCCUCGAUAUGGGUGGAGGAAGUUGGGACCGGGAAACAGUUAUUCGUGCACUUCGUGCUGCAUUUAACAACCCAGAGAGAGCUGUGGAAUACCUGUAUUCUGGUAUUCCUGAGCAAGCUGAAGUUCCACCGGUGGCACAAGCUCCUGUAGGUGGACAAGCAACAAACUCUCCAGCUCCAGCUUUGGCUCCGGCUCCGGCUCCGGCUCCAGCCGCCCAACCAGCAUCCCUCGCUGGUGGUCCUAAUGCAAACCCUCUUGAUCUUUUCCCACAGGGGCUUCCGAACGUGGGUUCAAAUGCAAGUGCCGGUACCUUGGAUUUCUUGAGAAAUAGUCAACAGUUCCAAGCAUUCCGAGCCAUGGUGCAAGCCAAUCCUCAAAUCUUGCAGCCUAUGCUUCAAGAGCUAGGAAAGCAAAACCCAAACCUCAUGCGGCUUAUUCAAGACCAUCAGGCGGACUUUUUACGCUUGAUAAAUGAGCCUGUUGAAGGCGAGGGAAACGUUCUGGGACAACUGGCUGGAGCAAUGCCGCAAUCUGUAACAGUAACACCUGAAGAGCGUGAAGCAAUUGAACGUCUGGAGGCGAUGGGUUUUGAUCAAGCAUUGGUACUGGAAGUAUUUUUCGCUUGCAACAAGAACGAGGAGCUAGCGGCUAACUAUCUUUUGGAUCAUAUGCAUGAGUUCGAAGAGUGAGUUAAAAGGAUUGUGGUUGUUUUGAUUACAUCUUUCCUAGUUCUAUGUGACUUAUCUUUUGAAGUUUGACGACAUUAUUUCCUACAAUAAUGGGUUUAACUAUUCAUGGUUGGUUGUGGAUUUGCAUUUUCAUGUGUUAUUAGGAUUAUUGAA